AUAUAUAUAUAUAUAAAAUACUUAUAUCCGUCCACCCAUCCAUCCAUCCACCCAUCCAUCCCACCCAACCACCCACCCACCCGUCCAUCCACCCAAUCAGCCCACACACCUACCCACCCGUCCACCCAUCCAUCCACCCAUCCAUCCAUUCAUCCAUCCCCACCCCCACCCAUUCGUCCGUCCAAACACCACCCACCCAUUCGUCCGUCCAUCAAUCCACCAACCCAUUUGUCCGUCCACCCAUCCACCCAUUCGUCCGUCCAUCAAUCCACCAACCCAUUCGUCCGUCCACCCACCCAUCCACCCGUCCGUCCAUCCAUCCGCGGUUACAGCUUUGCAAAAUACCACAAAUAUCUAUCUAUCUAUCUAUCUAUCUAUCUAUCUAUCUAUCUAUCUAUCAGACUCUGA